UACAGCAGACAGUAUGGCGGACAACGAAAGUGAUUUGGAAACAGACGGGCUUGAAUUAGCUCUGGACACGUUGUGUGCUAAACACUGCAGCGGCGAAUCGUCACUGAAGAGCAAAGAGUAUUGCUCUGAGUUUUGUGAGCUUGUUGAGGAGUACACAGGGCAAUGGCAAGUUCCUCUCCCUCAACUGAAGGUGCUGCGGACCGCACUCUACAAUUUUACCAAAGCCACCACUGCCUUUCCAGAUGACUGUCAGCACAUCCAAUAUGUUCUCAGCAGUUUGGCCUUGAGCUUCUUUGAACUCAUGCUGUUUUUCAGCAAGGAAGAAUUUGUGGAAGAGCCUUUAAAAGACAUCCUUGACUCUUUUCAGAUUUGCCACACUCGCCUCAUGAGGCACAGGAACAUCUACCUUCAGCAUGUAAAGCAGAUUAUUAAAGUAGGAGGCCCAUGGGAAAAUCCUGUGUUACAGGGAAUCCUGAAGGAGGAUGAUUUGCUACCAAAUGACGUUGAGGACUACUUGAGCUCAGAAUUGCCAGUGUUCUUGGAGCUGCGAGUGCGAUAUCUGCAGGCCUGUGAACGAAUGCAGGAGGCAAUGGCUCUUGCUAAAAGCUGCCUGGAAAAUCGUGAGGCUGGAAAGCAUCUGUACUUCCAUCAGGCCUACUUGACCUGCCUCUACAAAGCCUCGCUGCAUGAAAACCUUUACAAGGAGAUGGCAGAGAUAGAUGGCCGUGAUGCAGUGGAGAUAAUCUGCAAUACAGAGAGUGUUGAAAAAGAUGAGCUGUUGUUAUCACUGUGUAAAGCUUUUCUUACACAGCAGCUACACAAUGGAGACAUGUAUUACAUCUGGGACCUGGUGUUUAUCUGGAGCAGACUGUAUCUUAGGGCCCAUCCCUCCAGACAAGGCUUCUUAGCUGAGUGCUUGCAGCUGGCCUCCUCUGCUACCAAUGUCAGAGCCAUCUUCCCCUUCAUAAAAUUGGUCACUACAGAGCUGGGUGGUGAUGGAAUUCAAGUUUGCGUGGAGCUUUGUGCCAGGGCCCUGCAGCUGUGUGACAUGCAGGCUGACACUGUAACCCGGUCACUCGUUUGCAAGACAAUUGCCUUCCUGCUGCCCCAUGACCUGGAGAUCUGUCGAGCGUGUGCCCUUCUUGUGUUUUGCCAGGAACGAAGCUUGGAGGCAUACCGAACUGUCUCCCUGCUUUACAUGCAUCCUGAUCAGGAGCCGCAUCCCCACAACAACCCUGUCCGGACCUGUGUUCGCUUUCAUAUUCUUCAGAUGCUAAAGGAGCGCCUAUGUUUUGACCCUGAAUUUUGGAACUUCCUGACCCUUAGGACACAUUGUUUAGAGUUAAUGAAUGAUAAGGUUGUGAAGGCUGCUGUUCUCGACGAGAUGGAAGAGGAGAAGGCAUAUAGUGAAGAACUACUAAAAAGUAACUGUGUAAAUGAGUCAUGCACUCAAGACUCCAUCUCUUGCAACUGCACUGAAGCUGGAGUUGUGAACCUUCCAGAAGAGCAAACUGUAGAUGGAGAGGCCGGAAAACGUGUUGCACUGUCGGAUAAUGAUUCUCUGAAGAGGAGGAAAUGGAGAAAAAGGCUACGACGGCGAAAACGGCCUCGGUCUGAUGAUGAGUUUGAAAUAGGUGAUGAUCCAGAGAUCAAAUACAAUGUCAAAUCAACCUCUUUAGGUAAUAACUCUGUGUACUCACUAAGGCGCAAUCACACUAACAAGGAAAAUUCUUCUGUAAGUCUCCCUCUUAACCGCAAUAGGGAAUACUUGUCUAGAUGUGUUAAGAGCAAAAUUUUGAAAAGAAAAGGUCAAAAGAAAAGAUGGUUGCAAGGUCUUCCAAGACUGGAGCUGGUACAGGCGGUGACAGAGAAAAAGGUCAAAGUUAGAGGGAGAAAACGGGGAAGGAAGCCAUUAUCAAAACUGGAACUCUCGUAUCCCGAUAAUGAAAUAUACCUUAACAAGGAGGAGUAUGGAUUUGAGAAAAAAAUGGACACAGAAGACAAAGAGCAGGAUAUGCCUCAACUGAACUGUGAGCUUGAAAUGAGUGACCAGAAAGAGAACCAACUUGGGCACUUGAACAGAGAAAAUGGAGAACAUAAUGAUUUGGUUUGUGAAAUUAAGAAUGAUAGGCAGAUGAAAGACAAUGACCUAAAAGACCUGAAAGACAAUGAAUUUGAGCAGAUGACAGACUUCAAGGAGAAUGGAGAACAUCCUGAUUUGGCCUUUGAAAUCAAAAGCGAACAGAGAGCGUAUCAGCUCGAGAAGAUGAUGGGCCCUAAGAAAGAAAAUGGAGAACAUAAUGGCCUUGAUUGUCAUAACACUUUAAGUGAACCAUCCCAAGAGGAAUCUCAAACACAAGUGGAAUCCAAACUUUGUGAAGGUCCACCCAUUGAGAAUCAAGCUGCUGUUGAUAUUGCUGAAGCUGAUCCUGUGGACCUUGAUGGUCCACUAUUGGAGUUAUUGGAUUGUCCAGUAGAACUCUUUCACAGUUACUCCUUUAAAUCCAAAUCACCUGACAGUGAGAAUCCUCAACCGCCAGAAUCUACAGCAUCUGAGGACCUUAAUGGCAGCAAUGAAGAGGAACCCCAUCCGUCAGUUGAAACAGAAACAACAAACACUGAGGUAAAAGUUAAGAGAACGUGGAAGGACAGAGCUCUCCGUACUCAACAAUAUUCUCAUUUGUCCCACUACUGCACAUUCUGUGGCAAAGACUACAAAGGCUUGAAUGUUAUGAGACAUGCUCUCUCGCACCUCAAAAGUAGGAAACUAAGAUGCAUUCUCUGCGGAAAACGCUUCAAACAGCUUCCUUUUGCCAAAAAGCACAUUCUUGAGCACAUUGAUACAAUGUGCAAACAAAAAUCUUCUAAUAAGGAGCCAUCCAUUGAAAAUGCUCAAGCUGCUAAUGGAGUAAUAGACAAUGCAGGAAAUAAGUGUAAGCCUUGGGAUAAAAAACAGACUUCUAUUUCUGAGGACGAAACUCUUGGACAGAAACCCGGAAGCAAAGCUAAAGUGUCACAUCUCAAGAGGGAAGAACGAAUCAUCAGGAACCUCCGUACCCUCAUCAAGAAGACGUCUGUGCUUCACAAAAAAUGCAAAAAACCUAACACAAAUAUAUUCAAACAGAUAGACUUUAAGGAUGAGCAGGUAAUCAUUAAAGAAGGCCUGGUAAUUGUAAGUAAUCCAACUGUGAUUGAAGAAGAGGGGCAGGAGAUUCCUGCAGGAGAAAAUGCUUGUGGUGCAGACAUCACAUAUCACUUGUGCCCGUCUGACUCCUGUGAUAGAGUAUUCUUGAGGAUGACCAACACACUAACAAAGCAUGCUAUCAAAUGCCAUAUUACUGAAGACAAGGUGCUAGAGAAGACUUUUGUUUGGGCCAAACACAAGUGCACCCUCUGCCUCAGGCAGAUUCAGUUUCUUCAGCAUUAUAAGGACCACAUGAAGAGCCACAGUAGUCCUCUUCCACACUUCUGCUACCAUCUAGAGUGUAAGCAGCGCUUUGUGACACAGCAGGAAUUAAAGGAUCACGUAAAUACCCACCAGCCCUUCCGACCUCAGUGUCCUUUCACUGGCUGUGAGAAACUUUUCUCAAGUUAUCAGGGUCUAUAUGACCACGAAUGGAGGCACUAUGUUCCAGUCCCGCAGAAAGACGAGCUAGAAUUGGGACCCAGCAAACUGAUAAAGGAAAGCGCUGAAGCUCCAUGGAAACAGAGAGUGAAGGUCGAGGAGAUAUGGCUGCAGAGUAGAAAGGGGCAGCAGGAGAGUCCCAUUCCUGAUGGUGAGGCCUCUCGUGUUGAGGAUCUCACACUAAUAAACAAAACCGAUGGUGAGACUUGUGGAAUAAAUGCGCAAAACAAUAAUCUUCUUAAAUCUGAUAACUAUUUAGAGAAAACUGUUGCAGAUCAACACACAGAUGAUACCAAACCUGCCACCAAUGGAUAUGAAGAUGUGAAAAGAAUCGUUUCAGAGGGGUUUAUGUCCACAUCUCACACUAACGCUGCUUCAGCGACUCCCACCAAAAGAUGUCGAAAAAGACCAAUUGUCGAGGUAGACCCUUUAAACGUCAGAGAUCUUGAAGAUAUUUCUACUUUGGCCGAGGGAGUCCAACAGAAUAUAGCAGAGCCACACAUUCCUGAACACAAAACCUUCAAGCCCGAAGAUCCCUCCUACGCAACUUUUGUCAAGGCCCCUUUCAUCCGGCCACCUCCGUCCACCUACCUGGAUGAAUCUGUGCUUUCAAUGCGCAAAAGGAGGUCCAUUGAUGAUGCUCCCAAGAAAAUUAUUUAUUGGAGUCAUAAGAAAAAGAAGGACCCUGAUCCAGAAAAGGAGCAGCAGGUGGAGGAUGUGGCCCCCGAGCAUAAGAUCAGACAUCGCUGUGAUAAAUGCCUUUCCUCUUACAGCAGUCUGGAGGAGUUGCAGAAACACAAAGCCCUCAACACGUGCUCUUCCCUCUUUGGCUUUGAUUCAGACGAUGAAAGUUAAUAUUUGCAGGAGUGUGAAGAGGAGUUGCAAUUGGAAUGGCUAUUUCUGUUACUUGGCUGAGGAGGGGCCUUCAUGAUAACUAAACACUAAAAUCCUUUCUUAAUGAUCAGUCAUAGUGCUUAAGGCAAAGGAGAUGUAAACCAGAAAAUGUAAUUGGAUUUAAAAAUUUGUUUUUGAAGCAAUGAUUGAGGCCUAUAAAUAAGUUUGAACAUGUUGUUUUCCCUACAAACACUCAUUAAGUUUUGCUUUGUCAAGUACCUAAAACAAAAACAAAUUUGGGUUGAAACUACACACAAUAUUUAUUCACCCUUUUAAAAAAAACAAACAUUGAUUAUAAAAACUUUAGUAAACAAAUGUUAAAGCGAGUCUGAAAAAUGCCUCGGACCCAUGGAACCAAACAUAGCUCAACUUAACUACUCUCCAUCUAAUUUGUUGUUAAUGUUGUUUUAUUUUUGUCUUUUUUUUUUUAACUAAUUUGACCUGCUGACUUUGUCAAGUCCGUGUAAAUUUGGGAAAUACACUAAUUGUCAUGUAACGGGAAUCUGAAUAAUGGACCCAUUCCCUCUGCUGUGGUGUUCACGAGUCUUUAGAGACUGGAUAAGAGAAUGAAUUCUACACACAGGUCAUCAUUGGAAGUGUCAAUUGCAGUGUGUAAACAACAUGUAUGUUCUGUGGUCUUCCAAAUGAGGCAUGGACCACUUAGUUUGUAUCGCAGAGCACUCGAGAACUUACUAGACAUGACUGUAAAGGUGGAUAUCAGAUGGCUGCAUCAUCGUAACUUUUGUACACUGUAAAAUCUAUUUUCUAAAUAAGUCCUUCAAACCCCCGUCAUAAAUGCACAUUUUAAACUAAGAAAAGCAUGUGGGUAGCAGUUGGGCAGGACUGGGGUUGCCUUUAUUAAAUUUCUCUAGUUGCGAUACAACAAUUAUGUAUUAGGGCUGUGGCCAAAACGUUUGAAACAAUGUAAAUCUGCCUUCAUUCUGUCAAACUUUCUGUACAGCGUAUGCAUUACUCACAAUUCUGUUAGUGCCAAGACUGAAUCAGUGUUCACACUGUAGGAUGAUAAACACAAUGUAACUAAUACAGUACCAGCUUGCUUUAAAGUUUUUAUUCUUUUAAGUUGGUUUAAACAAUGAUUGUGCAUUUCUUUAUGUAGAGUAUUUCACAUUUAUCAUGUAUGAACCUUUCAGGUGGUUGAUCUGUUUAAUACCUUUUUGAUGUAAUGUUUAUAUAAGACGGUGCACUUAAACCUGCAUAUUUAUAUGUACAAAUGUCAAUAGAUUGGAUUUGUAAAGGUAUUGAGUCCCCAUCUAUUUUUCUUAAAGAAAAAAGUGAUGAAAUUUGUUUGAAUAAACAA